AUGGCGCCUUCAAAGAAGUCUCAGCUGAUUGAAGCUGCAGUAACCAUUAGAGAUGGCCUGCAAAUUCCCAGAAGAGAGGUUGAACCGCAACACCGAGCAAUGAACGAUGAAAACGAGUUCACUCAAUGUACUUCCGCCGUCGAAAGAGGCGCCUCUUGCUGCCGAUCAAUGGCUCUCAUCUUCGCCGUGGUUUUGCUCGUAAAACAUAUCAUUGAUGUCAUCAAUGGCGAAACAGAUCAAUACCCAUUUGCACUUGUUAUGAUACUGCUAAUGAGAGCUACUGGGAUUUUAGUCCCCAUGUACAUAGUGAUUCGAUCGAUUUCAGCCAUUCGAAACAACAUUCGACGACGGGAUUCGGUGGACAUUGCCGGCGAUGACGACGGGGAUGAUGAUUGAGCAACAGCAGCAAUUUCCCGGUGCCCGACAGACAAACUUAUUGUAUGCUCAUAAUUGUUGCUUAACAUUUGUGAUCUGAGGCUUGAUACUGAUGCACAUCUUGUCCAAAUUACUUAUUGUUU